CAUCAUCUACACUUUCGCUUUGCAGAGCUGCAUGCACGAUGAUGACUUCGACUUCGAGUGUCAUGAGUGGCUGGAGGUAAAAGCUCCAUGAUGAGGCGACAUUGGAGAAAAUACCUUAAAAUAGUGGUUCUAAUAGUGCUGACCAUCCUCUCAUUGGUAACUUACAUGAAUCGACGAAAGUUAGAAAUCAUUUACACAAACACAUUUGGAGGAAGACCGAAUUCCUACUGUGAGGGGGUAAACUGCCACAGCCUCGCCAGGUAUUUCCAGUUGCCUAUCAGUGAUGUUGACAAGAGCUGCAACAAAACGUGUAAGAGACUGUGGCAACCAGGGUCGUCAGCGUGGUUCGACAGCCGGUUUAAUAACAGCAUAAGUCCAGUCUGGAGUAGACGGAAUGAGGAGCUGAGUAAGGACAUAAAGAAGUGGUGGCUGUCAAUUCGUAACCAAGGUGAGAACAUCUCAGACGUCCUCGACAAAGUCUUCAAACUCAUCCCUGAGAAGCAACCGCUUAACCAUAGACAAGAUGAGUGCUGCAUCAGAUGUGCUGUCGUUGGUAACUCGGGCAAUUUGAGAAAUUCAAAAUAUGGAAAACUCAUUGAUUCUCACCAUCGCGUUAUAAGAGUGAAUUAUGGCCCAACGGAGGGCUACGAGGAUGAUGUCGGGUCUAAAGAAACUCACCGCUUGGCGUACCCAGUCAGUUUCAAUAAUGUAAAGAAAGGAGCCCAUUUUGUCAUGGUGCCUUUUGGGAUCAAUGACAUUAAUUGGUUGAUCAGCGCUCUCACUGAUGGAAAAAUAACCUGGACUUAUGCUCCGGUGUAUCGUUACAUUGACGUCGAUAAAUCAAAGGUUUUACUCUUUAACCCUGCGCUGAUGUACUACGCCAAACAAAACUGGAUUGGUGACAAGGAAAAUUGGCCGUCGACAGGAUUUAUGAUGUUGCUUUUUUCAUUCCACAUUUGUGAUGAGGUGAAUGUUUUUGGUUUUGGUGCAUCAUCAUACGGAGGGUGGGACCACUACUGGGAGCCAGACGCUGGGCCCUGGAACUUCAUCUAUCAACUCGUCUCUCCUCAUAAACACUCCUUUGAGGAGAACCUACUUGAGCGUCUUAGCGAAGAAGGAAAGAUUAAGAUCUAUAGGGGUGUAAGAUAAGAACAUCAAGGAGUCUGAAUGUUAUACUCAUAUUGACUGACAAUGAGUUAAUUAGUGUACGUAUAUUCCCCAGAGGGACUUUGAGUGACCAGAAGAGGGACGGCCUCGAGAAAUAGGUCCCUCUUCUGGUCAUUCACAGGCGCGAGUGGGUAUAGACUUAUGCCAGUAAAUAUGUGUUUUAUAACACACCUCAGUCUUAAAAUGUGAAAUAAGAAAAGAAAUUGGAAAAUAAAGGAAGUGUU